AUGAAAUCGAACGAAUCCAACAACUCCAUUGAAAUAUUAGAUCUUAGAUUUCAUUUCUAUCUAUCUAUCUAUCUAUCUAUAUCUAUCUAUCUAUCUAUCAUAAACAGUCGAAUAUAUGAUUAUUUCUUUAGCCAUUUAAAAAAAAACCAAUACGAUGUUUGGACAUUGAGAUCGGGAUUUGUGAAGGGCGUCGGGUCGAGAUUAUCUGAGCAUCCGUCAUCGAUCUAUCUAUCUAUCUAUCUAUCUAUCUAUCUAUCUAUCUAUCUAUCUAUCUAUCUAUGUCAGUCUAUUCAUGUCUAUCUAUCUAUCUAUCUAUCUAUCUAUGUCAGUCUAUUCAUAUCUAUCUAUCUAUCUAUCUAUCUAUCUAUCUAUCUAUCUAUGUUUAUAUCUAUUUAUGUCAGUCUAUUCAUAUCUAUCUAUCUAUCUAUCUAUCUCUAUCUAUCUAUCUAUCUAUCUAUCUAUGUCAGUCUAUUCAUAUCUAUCUAUCUAUCUAUCUAUCUAUCUAUCUAUCAAUUUAUGUCAGUCUAUUCAUAUCUAUCUAUCUAUCUAUCUAUCUAUCUAUCUCUAUCUAUGUCAGUCUAUUCAUAUCUAUCUAUCUAUCUAUCUAUCUAUGUUUAUAUCUAUUUAUGUCAGUCUAUUCAUAUCUAUCUAUCUAUCUAUCUAUCUAUCUAUGUCAGUCUAUUCAUAUCUAUCUAUCUAUCUAUCUAUCUAUCAAUUUAUGUCAGUCUAUUCAUAUCUAUCUAUCUAUCUAUCUAUCUAUGUCAGUCUAUUCAUAUCUAUCUAUCUAUCUAUCUAUCUAUCUAUCUAUCUAUGUCAGUCUAUUCAUAUCUAUCUAUCUAUCUAUCUAUCUAUCUAUCUAUCUAUCUAUCUAUCUAUCUAUCUAUCUAUGUUUAUAUCUAUUUAUGUCAGUCUAUUCAUAUCUAUCCAUCCAUCUAUCUAUCGAUUAAUCUAUCUUAUAAACAAUCGCAUAUGAACACUAUCGAUAACAAAAAUAUACACACAUAUCUAUCUAUCUAUCUAUCUAUCUAUCUAUCUAUCUAUCUAUCUAUCUAUCUCAGUCUGUUCAUAUCUAUCUAUCUAUCUAUCUAUCUAUCUAUUAUGCGUGUAGCUAUUUGUUUGCUUGAAGGUGCCAAAUUAUUUAUCCGAAUAAUGACCGAAUAUUUUUCUCUCUUUGCGUCAGUUUCAGGUGAGAAUUGGGGUUGGGGUGGAGUGCUUUUUAGCUAUCUAGCUAUCUAUCUAAAUAUGUUCUUUAUCUAUCUAUCUAUCUAUCUAUCUAUCUAUCUAUCUAUCUAUCUAUCUAUCUACGCCUGUUCAUAUCUAUCUCAUUCUGUCCAUAUCUAUCUAUCUAUCCCAGUCUGUUCAUAUCUAUCUAUCUAUCUAUCUAUCUAUCUAUCUAUCUAUCUAUCUAUCUAUCUAUCUAUCUAUGCCUGUUCAUACCUAUCUCAUUCUGUUCAUAUCUAUCUAUCUAUCUAUCUAUCCCAGUCUGUUCAUAUCUAUCUAUCUAUCUAUCUAUCUAUCUAUCUAUCUAUCUAUCUAUCUAUCUUUUUGUCUGUCAGUAUUGGAAUUAAUCUGUCCCUAACUCCCUCUUUUCACACUCUUUCACUACGUAUCCAUUUCUCUCUCCCCCCUCUCUCUCUCUCUCUCUCUCUCUAUCUAUCUAUCUAUCUAUCUAUCUAUCUAUCUAUCUAUCAUUUGGGAUUAAUCUGUUCCUAA